AUGCGACAACCAUCACCAUCGUUUCCUUCCAAACCUUCAAACGCCACCGCCCCCAUACAUCGGCGAGCGACUCCCACCCCCGUCUCUGAUUUUCGUCGCCCUCUGGAUCUCUCAAGCUCCUUCUCACAGCUGUCUCCGGAUCAAUCUCGCAUCUCAGUAACAGUUUCAGAUACAGAGAUUGAGAACAUGAGUGUUCUUUUUAAGUAUCAUAUAGUUAGACACUUCCUCCCACUCCUCCUCUUGUCUCUUUCCAUCCUCUCCAUCUUCUUCUCCUAUUACCACUCCUCUCUCCCCCACUCACCCCCAAGCCCUAACCCUAAAUUCACUCUCCUUCCCCAAACUUCUGACUCUAACCCCAAUUUCACCUUCAUCAUCAAGGUCCUCACCUUCAAUCGGCUUGACUCGGUAGCUCGCUGCCUACGUUCCCUUGCUGCCGCCAACCACCUCACUGACGAGGUCCAUCUCCACGUCUACGUUGACCAUUUUGCCCCAGGGGAUGCCCCUUCAAGUUCAAACAUUGAUCAAAAGUUGCAGGAGUCGCAUCGGAUUUUGGAGUUUGUAGAUGAGUUUGAGUGGAAAUUUGGGAGCAAACUCGUCCAUUACCGGACUGCAAAUGUUGGCCUGCAGGCCCAAUGGUUGGAGGCCUGGUGGCCCAACUCUGACAACGAGUUCACUUUUGUUGUGGAAGAUGACUUGGAGGUCUCACCGCUGUAUUACAAGUUUCUGAGAAGUCUGAUCGUGAAUUACUAUUACAAUGCCUCUAACUAUCGUCCCUACAUCUACGGGGCAUCGCUGCAGCGACCAAGGUUUGUCCCAGGUAAACACGGGAACAAACUACAAAUGAAUGAUACAACACGACUCUUCUUGUACCAACUAGUUGGCACCUGGGGUCAGCUUCUCUUUCCUAAACCUUGGAAAGAGUUCAGGGUGUGGUAUGACAAUCACAAGGCAAAAGGCAUUAAGCCAUUUCUUGAUGGCAUGGUGACGACAGGGUGGUAUAAAAAGAUGGGAGAGAAGAUAUGGACACCUUGGUUCAUUAAAUUCAUUCAUACUCGUGGCUACUUUAAUAUCUACACCAAUUUUUUGCAAGAGAGAGCGCUUAGCGUCUCUCACAGGGAUGCUGGUGUUAAUUAUGGGAAAACAGCUGGGCCUGAUUCCCACAUACUGAAUGAAAGUUCUCUUGAUUCGGAUUUUUGGGACGUGCAACCGUUGAGUGAUCUUAAGUGGUAUGAUUUUUGUUUCAGAGAAAUAUUUCCCGACACAGUUGUUGGGAGCUUUGAUGAACUCGGGUCUGUUUAAUUCUGUGCAGAAACAUGACACUGUUAUCAUAGUGAGCCUAUUUGGGGUAUCCGAGCUGGCAAUAAGGAACUUGUUCUGCCACUUUGAGAGGCUAAAUAUAUGGCACUAUGUACUUGUUGGCCCCGAAUCUGAUUUCAUGUUUGAUCUGGCAAGAAGAGGAUAUCCGGUGAUUGGUACAAACCAGUUUCUGAAGAGUGUAGGAGCUUACAAAUCGAUGUCUCUCCAAGAUUCAUAUGCAGAAAUGAUCAAGGCCUAUGUAUUAAGAAAGUGUUUAGAAUCUAGGUACAAUGCCUGGGUGGUGGACGGGAACAUGCUUCCUGUCAGUAGUGACCUUUUUGUUGAGUCUGAUCCCUCAUACGAUUUCUACAUAGGGAAGAGCUCGGAACUUUUCUUUGCCCGUAGAUCUUUCGCUCAGAAUGUUGAUGGUGAUGAUUUUAUAUCCAAAUUUGCAACAAUGGCGAACUCGUUGCUAGUUAAAAGGCAGAGCAUAAGUUUUGGUUUCAUAAUGACAAAGCUUUUGGAACAGAAGGGUGUGAAGGUCAAGAGUCUCGACGAGACAAGCUUCGGUCUCAAGAUCGAUUACAGUAAUGUUAAUCAAUCAUUGGGGGAUGGAAAACAGAUGGUAUUUUGGUCUAGUGAUACGGCUUCAGAUUUAGUUCAGAAGCGGCUUCAAGAAUUGGGUAUUUGGAUUGUAAAUAAUGACUUGUCUUGCAAGGCUGUUGUUUGUCAUCAGUCAUAGCGUCUGAUCUGAUAUUAUACACAUUAUCUUGAUUUCAUUGUAACCUAUACGUAGCCAUUUGCUUUUUGGUUCUGUUUAAGCUCUUAA